AUCUAUAUAAUCCUCUCUCUUCAACUCAAACUACCAUUCCAUCCCACUACAUAUAUACAGAGUUUAGAGAGAGAGAGAGAGCUAGUGAGAGAGAGAAGCCAUGUCAGGCGGUGCUAACGUUAAACCUGUAGAAGAAUGGUUCGAAAGCCUAGGCGAAGCAAAGGAAACCCGGACCAAGAUCCAUUUCUAUUUCCAGGAUGUUCUCGGCGGAGAAAGCCCCACCGUGCACAAGGUGGCUCAGUCGGGCAUCACCGCCACUUCUCCGACGAAUUUCGGCCAGAUCAGCAUGAUCGACGAUUUGCUCACAGCUGGGCCUGAGCCGGAUUCGGAGGUUGUGGGCCGGGCCCAAGGAACAAUCGGGUUUGCUGAUUUGCACGAUACCGCAAUCCACAUGGGCCUCAAUAUUCUGUUCACACAGGGGAAGUACGAGGGGAGCACCGUCACGGUUUCCGGUCGGAACCCGAUUUUCAAAACGGAUCGUGAGCUGGCGAUUGUUGGCGGCACCGGGUGCUUUCGCAUGGCGCGUGGGGUUGCGAUCAGCAAUACUCACUCGUUUGACGUGGAAACUAACUAUGGUGUUCUUGAGUAUACUCUCUACAUCACUCAUUACUGAUCGUCGUCCUCAUUGCGUCACUGUGACGUCAUGCAUGCAUAUUAAUCUCGUCUUUUUUUUUUUAUUUAAAUAAUUAAUGUAUGUGUUGCUUUGAUUUUUCGCGAAUAAAAUAUGUAUGCUGCUCCUUUUGGUAGUAAUGAAAUAAAUUAAAUCA